UUCCUCAGAUUUGGACAAGACUGGACUGGUCUGGUCUGUGGGUUUGGCCUCGAGAGCGAGGCGGCGCUUUAAUUCAGAGGAAACAUGAAACUAAAAUCUGCUCUCGGGUUUACUGAUUCACACUCAGCCGCUGUGAUAUAGACUGACGAGGAGCGCGAGAGGAGCCGUGAACUGAGGGCGUUUAGAGGAGCUGGGGAAGACAGACAGCGUGUGUGUGUGCGAGUGUGUGUGUGAGAGUGAGUGUGAGUAAGUGUGUUUGUGUACGAGCGUGUUUCAGCCUUGUGCUUGAACUGCACUUGUGGGAACUGACCAUGUGGAGCCUGCAGUCACCGUAAGACUUCUGGUGUUUCCUCGACCUUUCUCUCCAUUCUUCAGCUCUUCACCUGUCUCUCACCUAUUUCACUCAGAGUAAACCAUCAUGCGUCGCUUCAGUUCGGAGGGGUCCUUGUUGGACCUGGACUUCUUGCCCUGGAAGAAGGUGGCUUUGAAGGACGAGAACCAUAAUAAAGAGGAUAAAACGGGCACAUACAGGCAGUCCUCGUUCCUGGAUGACGAGACAGACCGUGGGGCCAUGUCCCUGCCUUCAACACCUGCUGCCCGGGAGGUUAAGAAACAGCUAACUAAAGAACACAGUAUUAGCGUGGAGAACCUUGCCGAUCUGGACAAAUCCUCAUGUUUCCUCGGGGUAGCUGGGCUCAACGAGAGCUUUAAAGCGUACAGUGACAGCCAGCUCGCUCCAGGCACCAUUGGCAGCACUGAGAGUGUGGGAAAAGGGGACACACCACCUAGAUCUCCAACAGCUUCUUCCAGCCCCUUUAACGCUGAGCACCAUUCCCAUCGAAAGCAAGUCAAGGCCAAGUUAUCAGCUGCUAAACUGCAUCUGAAGAGUCUCUUUGGGCAGAGUCCACACUCCUCACAUUCAAAUCUCACAGCAACAGAGCACAAGGAGCCAGAACACAGUGUCAAAGAGAGGCGCUCUCGUUUUGUGAAGCAGUGGAGUCAGGUGGGCCAUGGUAAGACCCGACUCAACAGAGAGGAAGUGGAGAAAUGGGGCGAGUCACUUAACGCCCUGCUGCAAAGCAGAGUGGGUGUGUCUGUAUUUGAAGCAUUCCUCCGCUCUGAGUUCAGUGAGGAAAACCUGCAGUUCUAUUUGGCCUGUGAUCAGUACAGACAGUCCUCCAACACCUUCAGUCUACACAGGCGCGCCAGGGAGAUCUUCGCCACCUACAUCGAGCCAGGAGCUCAGCGAGAGAUAAAUCUGGAUAGCAAGACCCGGGAACUGACAAUGCAGCUUCUAAAGGCCCCCUCGCACAACACAUUCAUCCACGCCCAGAGGCGCAUCCGCUCUUUACUGGACACUGAUUGUUACCCUCGCUUUCUCCAGUCCAACAUCUACCUCACACUCCUGAGGGAUUCUCACUAGGACAGCACUGGACAGUGUGAGUCAGUGUGAAGAAUUGGAGGACAUCUCAAUGACUGAAAAGGAGCUUUAGGAGGACGGACGGAGGAACAGCUAAAGGAAAAAGUAUUUUUUUUUAGCUGAUGAUGAACACCGGUUUAAAAUUCAUUGAGUUAAAUAGAUGAGAAUAGAUAGAGGACUACUUUUUUUUUCUUUCAAGUUAAAGAUUGUUAAUAUAUUAUUGAAAAUGGAACUGAGUAGCAGUGCAAUAGUGCUGAUACGGUCUUACUGUAGCGUAGUGCAUCAUUUUCCAGAAAGGCAGCUGGCUAAAGUUGUGAACAUUACCAAGAUUUGCAAUCAUUAGACACGGUUUUACCCGAGCUGGUUCCUAUUACGCGUCAGUGAGCACAGGCAGAACGGCAUGCUGACGGAAAGGAAAAACCCGUUAGGCAAGAUUGGACCCUCCCAUCAAAAAUGUCAGAACACUGUUAGAGAGGUAAUCCCGUAAAUGUGGAAACGAUACUUCUCUUCGGGUCAGAUGACACAAGACACUGAAGCACAGAAGUAGUACCCUGUAAAAACCUUAUUGACGUAACUUGCUCAACGGCUGCCCUGGAAUUCCUUUCUGCAUGAGGCAAGAAGUCAUGGUGAACUUGGUGUGCAGACAGCGUUGUUGUAAAGCAUCCAGCUAAAACCAGGCUUGGGAAUAGAACUCAACUCUUGUUGCUUGUUUUAUGUGUUUGUAUCAGUCUGAAAUACUUAGAAAUAAAUAUUGUUUUAUAUGGUU